UGCUUAUCUAUUCAAAACAGCUACACUCUGGUUUGGCAAAUAUCGCUGCGCAAUAAAAAAAAUCAUCCGAAAUUACUUGACUGUAAAAUAAAUUGAAACAUUAAGGGAAAACAACGUUAAACAUAAUUUCAAAAAGUGUUGCGUGAGUGAAAUUUAUUUAUAUUAAACAUGAACACGAUGGCAUAUAUUGUGAUUUUGGCUGCACUUAGUGUACAAAUGUUGGUCGCGUUUCCAGAACCUCAGUGCUCCAACUACGAUUUCCAAGAGAAACUUCUAGAAAAAACGGUGCGGAUGGAACUGCAUAUAGAAUUGUUAGAAAAGGAGAAUAAAGAACUGAAAAAUCAGCAGUUAUUGACCCAGAAUAACUACAACGCUGAUCUGGCUGCCCUUAAUGCAAGGCUUGGUGAAAUAGAAGCGCAGAUACUCGCGAACAGUCUAAACACCGAAAAACGAAUUUCAGAUGCCGCCGAUACUCUUACUGAGAGAUAUACCAACGGAUAUUGUGCAACAAACAAGAUCAUAUUCAGGGCAAAACUGAGUAAACAAUCGCUGCCAUUGACCACUCAACAAAUUGUCGUCUUCGAUACCGUUCAGGACAACGUCGGCAACGCUUACAACGCUGAUAGUGGCGUAUUCACAUCUCAGUUAAACGGAACGUACGUGUUUCAAUUUGCCAUUGGCAAUCCAACUGGAAAACCGGGAGCAAUGUUUUUGAAGAAGAAUUCUGAAGGCAUCGACUAUGCUAUCGCAGGACACACUUCUGGAUGGAACAUUGCAGGAAAAACGGCCUUCCUCUACUUAGAAGCCGGAGAUACUGUUUAUGUUGUCGGUGAAGGUCACGUUGCCGGCACAUAUGGUACCGACAGACAUCACUCUAGCUUUUCAGGGGUGCUGAUGCACGCUUGCUAACUUGAUAAGACAGCUACAAAUGAACAUUUGAGAUGCAAUACUUCUUACAUGGACUAAUUAAUUGUUUCUUCUCAGUUGCCUGAUGCAGACUUACAGUUUGACUAAAUGUAUGUGAUUUAACAAAUGAACAAACUGUUACAUCAUUGCUUUGUAACGAGGUAAAAUCCUUAGUCAGGACUAUAGUGCGUCGGUUGGAACAUUUUAUACAUAGAAGUUUUAGGGAUUUCCUGACGUUAUAAAUAAAUGAUGGAUACACCAUUGUAUUUCCUCCCUUGAGGUAAAAGGUGCAUCUUGUCAACGAAUGCAACACUUCCGAGGCUUAAGUGUUGGCCGAGUGUUUACAUUUGCAUUUGCAAUGUUCCCCUCAUGUGUGUGCGUGUGUGUGUGUGUGUGUGUGUGUGUGCGUGCGUGCGUGCGUGCGUGCGUGUGUGUGCGUGGCGGGUAUGCAUUUUAUUAUACCGAACACAACUUACUUUUUUUCUUUCUUUCGGAAAUUGUUACGAACCUCACCAUUGUCGUCUGAUACCAACAUAUUUAAAAAGCACCUAAACGACACAGACGAAACGAUAGAGGAUAAACCCCGUAUCGCAUCGUACUUUGGCGUCAGCUGGCAACAGUGUGCUAGCGGGUAACAGCGUUGGGAAUCAAAGCGCUGAUAGCGCGGCAUGAACAGGGGUUUAGACGUGUUUUCACCAUUAUAAUUCACGAUCAUGUGUGUAUUAAUAAGGUGCUGAUAUGUAGCACAGUGAAUCUAAGAGUCCCCGUGUAAAACAACCACAGGGGCCGCCCCAGGUUUAUUGGAGCAUGAUGGUAAAUGACAAAUUAAUCUUUUAUUGACAAUAAAGUUUAUGUCGCUGUGUAAGCAGGCAAACCAGGAGGGAGAAUUUAACCAAUGCCAGCAUAACUUCAUCCUAUGGUGUUACAAUAUGAGUUAGGCUUGCAAAGAAUUUAUUAACCAUAGAAAUAAAAUAGAAAUUGGUUGAUCAUCCAGGGUGAAUUUAAAACAUACACUAAAACCGUUUUCGGUUCGUAAUUAGAUGUUGGCAUUAACACAGACUAUACUAAUUAUGAAAUUGAAAACGAUCCUUUUCAGUGCUACUGUUAAAAUUUUAAAUAGUAUUUUAAAAUGAUAUAUACAUUAUUUACAUAAAAAAUGGAUUCUCAGCCGGGAGGAAAGAUAAAAAGAUAAUAUGCAACGGCUGGUGAAUUAUUGAAACAGCAUAGAAACAAACUCCACGAAGCCUUCCUCCCCGUAAGUGUGCGGGGUUUAAUAAUGGAAAAUGAAAAUAUAAAAAGGGUGAAUGAUUGUGCUAUUUCCAACCAAGAAAAUGAAAUAUAUACUUUACAAACUUUACUCAUUAGCAAGAUAUUGCCUAUGUUUGCCUUGUCUUUCACAAAACAACUUCGAAAAUACAACAGAUUAAAGAAAAUAGUUUCUUAAUUAAAAUGAUCAAAAUUAAUAUAUUUGAUUUUAAACAAUUGUAGAUCAAACACAUUAAAAAGUUAUUAAAUCCGUGAUAUUUUCUCAUAUUUACACCAAACCAGCAAAAAAUAUAACUCAAUUCAUUUCAAUGAAAUGCCAUUUUCAAAAAUAAAUACACAAACAUCCGUCUAUACGCACACUAUAAAAAGUAUAUAAAUUAAAGUUAACAUUAAGUCUUGAAAAAUCUUUAAUUUCAAAACAUUUUUUCCUUCAUUGUCUAUAAAUUUAGCAACUCUCUUCUAUUUCUAUAUCGUCAGCUAACUCGUCAGCACUUUAGUACGUGCCUGUCAAAAUGGCGUGCGUUUGUUAUUCCCACGUGAGCUAUCA